AUGGACACACCACCCCCACGUCGACCUGGUCGCCAGAAGCGACCGCGAGUCCCUGAUGCGCUCCGCAAGAGAGCCGCCCGCGCAUGCCUCCCUUGUCGCCAACACAAGGAAAAAUGCCAUGGUGGCGGCCCGCCCUGCGCACGCUGCCAGCAAUACAACCGCACCUGCCACUUCGAAGAUACUCGACCAAAGCCGACAAGUAUGUCUGCAGUACCGUCGCAGCGUGAGUUCCAAAUGGAGCGCAUUAUACGUCACUUCCUAGGCGAGGACGUCUCGCUCGAUCCCGCUCGGCUAGAGGAGACCGCGGACCUGCUGGAAAGCGGACGGUAUCGCGGGACUCCUCCAGAGACGCGAGGGGUGGAGGAUGAAGACCAGACACCGGAGAGCUAUUCGUUGGAGCCAUUGUCAACGAACACCAUGCACUAUUCAGGGGAAUUGUCGCACUGGAAUUUCUCUAAAAUGAUCCGCCGACGUCUACAGAGCUUGGGUACUCCUAAAGGACAGAAAGAUGGCUUAAAUCCCUCGGAUGGAUUCUUUCGCGCUACUGGCCUGCAGUCGGCCAGUUCGUGUGUCGCCUCCGCCAUAGGAUACUUACCACCUCGUCCUGUUGCCGAAUUCCUUACCAAUACAUUCCUCGAGUAUGCACAGACAAACUAUUUCUAUUUCCCCGAGUCAGUCUUUCGGGAGAAGAUGGACUACUAUUAUUCUGUCGACAGGCCGCUUAUGAUCGACGAUGCGGGUUGGAUUUGUACCCUGUUAAUGACAUUUGCGAUUGGCACUCAAUUUGCAUACAUGCAGACUUCCUCGAAGGAGAAGCCUCCUUUUUCGGAAGACAUUCCUGACGACCGCAUCGGGAUGGAUCUAUAUCGGUUCUCGUGUCGUUUGAUCCCUGAUCUCAUCACCACCGCCUCACUUGAGACUGUGCAGGCCUUUCUAUUACUGGGCGUGUAUACGUUGCCGAUUGAUACCGCAGGAUUGGCCUACACGUACUACGGCCUAGCCAUUAAGAUGGCCAUCCAGAACGGAAUGCACCGGAAGCAUAUUACGCCGUCGGUUUCGCCAGUGAUAGUGGAAUGGCGGAACCGUUUGUGGUGGACAGCGUAUUCCCUUGAAAGCCGUAUCAGCAUCCUCCAUGGCCGUCCUGUAUCCGUGUCUCCCUCUGAAACAGACGCCGACAUGCCUGCUGACCUGGUUGAGCUGCGCCAACCCAGCGGUAUUUCGAAUCUACCGAAUGUCACGGCGGCCAUCCACUUGACCAAAAGGCUUGAAAAAGUGGCCCAAAUCAUCCUACGGCUGCGACGAUGUCCGCGUAGUCAUCAAGAUGCCUAUCUGCGCCAACUAUGCAACCUGAGGAUGGAGUUGAGCAGGUGGUGGGACUCGCUCCCGAAAACAUUGCACUGCCGCGACCUUGAUCCGGCCGGGCCCUUAUUUCGGUCCAAUGUGCACCUUGAGCUAAACUACGCUACUGCACUUAUUUACAUGGGUCGGCCUUUUAUCUUUCUACAAAACGAGGCCGCGGGUAGCGGUGGAUACGGAUCAGAAAAAGAGGGUGGUCGUACAGGGUUAGUUGAGACGUUCUCGCGAAACUGCACACAAGCAGCCAUAAGAAUCAUCGACCUUUGUCAGCUGCUGCAUGACUCGGUCGGACUCGCGCGCGUGUCAUACACAGAGUUCAGUUCGUGCCGCACAGCUUUGCUGGCCUUGAUUGCGCAGCUUCUCAGCGGGUCGUCAGAACCGAUAGGCGGUGCCCUAACGCGAGGAAUGGGCCUAAUCCGCCAGAUCUGUGUAGGACUGGAGUCGGCUCGGUCGGAAAUUGCAGUAAUUGAAGCUCUUGAGCGUGCUCGGCAGCAGCUCGAUCUCGGCGAACGAAGCCACCCAGGGGAAUCAUCUGGGACAGGCUAUGACCAAUUCCAGAAAUGGGCCAAGCUCUGGCGCCUAGGUCCUUUGAACUCGGAAGCUUUUCCAUCUCCAAUAGCGGCUGAGUCGCCAAAUAAUCCAGGCAGUAUUCCUUCAUUUGACGGGUUCUUCUCAUCAUUUCCCCAGGAACUGGAUGCGUUCGCCGCCAUUCCAGGCUCCGAGGAUACUGCAGCGCCGCCUAGCAUAUGGCCUGUGCCGGAUGCAUUCCUCUCGUUUCCUGGAAAUGUGGACGCCGAAUUGGAGUUCGAUAGGCCUUAA